CCUAAAAGCGAUGCAACAUUACAAUAUGGCGAUUCAGCAUGUAAUGUGACAAGACAAGUUUUUGAUAUUUCUCAUAAUGAACACUAACGUCCAGGGACUAAAUUUCCUAGAUGUAACAAGCUUGGAUCCUCGAGAACAGCAGAGGGUAAAUGAAAUACUGUUUGGACAGAGGAGCAGAGAAUUGGGAAAGGUAGAAUUUCCAUGGGGAAAUUCAGAGCCAAGGAGAUUUGGGGAAGGAGAUGACUGUCACACUCAACCUAAUGUCUCUGCUCAGGGACUCUCCGACUCAUCUGUACAUCGCACAGAAAAUCACCCCGAACAAGCCAUAGGCAGUAAUGUUACAGACAAAAUUGUGUGUAGUUCUGAAAAAGCAUUCGAGGUGGAAAACCUUUACAUUAAUAAUGCUAAAACAAAGGAACAGUCAACAAACAGAAAUGCUGGAAAACCUUACGAGAGGAGGAACAAAAAGAGGCGGCCUCCAGAUUAUUAUCAGAGGUUUGAAGAAACAGCUCACUUGGAAAAUCCCAUUUUGUCAGGUGAUCAGGAGGAUAGCAGACCGCUAAUGUGGCAUGAAGAAGUGGAGCAGUCACUUCCAUUACUGGACAAUCAGAUGGACAGUUUUCCUGGCACGGGAAACUUGUCUUCACAAGGCAACUCUUACAUGGAGCCGACAGGUGUUCAUUCCAGAUAUAGUGCUCAGACUGAUAAUUAUGCACAGCGUAGGACUGAUAAUUAUCCACAGCAUCCGACAAAUAAUUAUCCACAUCACAAGACUGAUAAUUAUCCACAGCAUAAGACUGAUCAUUACCCACUUCAUAAGACUGAUCAUUAUCCCCAGCAUCAGAACUUUGGUGCUAACUUCCAAGGAAAUGCUACUAUUGACCAUUUGAUCCCAAAACAGCCAGAAUUCAUUCCACCUAGCAGAUCAUCAGAGGAAAUUCAUAGUAAUCCAAGCAAUUUCUCACAAUGGCAGCAGCCUGUUCAAACAUCUGCAGAUACUUAUAAUUCUUCCUCUAAGCAAUCUGCUCCAGUUUCACAGUUCAAUGUGUCUGGUUUUGACUCAGCUUCAUUCACACAAGUGUCCCCAUCUAUGCACCCUAGUGGACCUUCUCAUGAGACCACUAACCUUGUAUCAACAUCUUCUGUGAUGUCACAUGGAGUUUCUUUUUCUGGAGGAAGCACAGAAAUCUCUUCUACCAAUGCAUCCUUAAAGACUGAAUCACAAAACAUUGAAAAAUUGUCAGAACACAUUUCAAGGGUAUCUGUGCAACAUCCAGCACAAAAUGUGACACCAAAUACUUGUAGUAAUAGCACUUUAACUUAUGAUGGCUCAGAAAAGAAUACCUCCAUGAUCCAUGAAUCAUCUGUUGAUUCUCUCUCUUCACAUAUUCCCCCCGUUUCUAGUCAGCAUGUGAUUGACCAAGAAUUAAAAGACAAUGCAGAUUUUGCAGAUCAACCCCUCACAUUUGAAUUUGAUGCCCCUCGCACAGACCUGGACCCAGAUCAGUAUCCAGUUUUGGGCAAGACGAGUGGAUCUUUUUCUGAAGAAUCCCACAGAGAAUCAGCAGAUGGAUCGUCAUUACAAAGUACCUCACCACAAAGUGUUCCUCCUCACGCUGUCAAACCAAAGUCCUCAUCGUGGGCGGGGCUGUUCAGUAACGUAGACCCGGCUAGACAGGGAUUCGUAGUGACUAACUGGUCACCUACUCCCACCACUGACUCCCCCAAACCAGCCGAGACUCCUAAAGCUGAGUCCAAGUUACCUUGUGCACCAGUGGACGUAUCUGAAGAUCCACUUGCCAAAACAUUUGGAGACUCCUUAUCUCGGAUGAAGGUCAACCAUGUUCCUAUUGGACUUCAACCAAGAGGACUGAUGAAUCGAGGCAACUGGUGCUACAUUAAUGCUACUUUGCAAGCAUUAGUCUCCUGUCCACCAUUUUACAAUGUGAUGAAAAAAUUCCCAAUUCACCCUCCAGCCAGACGUGGCAAAAGCUGCACACCUAUCUUAGAUAGCAUAGUCCAGUUUGUUCAUGAAUUCCAUCCAUGUGGCAGACCAACAGAAAGGGGGAAGAGGACCUUGACAGAUUUGACCCCGGGGCCUGCCUUUGAACCUACCAAUGUGUACAACAUGCUGCAGGUCAUUGAAGCAAACAAGUCAUUCAAGCUUGGAAAGCAAGAAGAUGCUGAGGAAUUUCUCAGUUGUAUUUUAGAUGGACUACAUGAAGAAAUGUCCACUCUCAUCAAAUUUGCCAAUGGGACAACUACAGCUUCUGCUGCCUCUAACGGCAGUGUGGCAGAAGAUGUCGUCGUGGACGACAGCUCCGAGGACGCCGGCUCAGACUCCUGGGAACAAGUCGGCCCAAAAAAGAAAAGUGUUCUGACACGACGAGCAACAUUUGAGAAAACCCCUUUGGCUGAGAUUUUUGUGGGGUAUACAAGAUCAGCCCUUUAUAAAGCAUCAUCUAAAGACUCGGCCACCUUACAGCCAUUCUUCACUCUCCAGUUGGACAUUCAGUCAGAGAAAGUUUACUCUGUGAAAGAAGCUUUAGAAGGUCUUGUGUCUAGAGAGUCCGUAUCAGGAUUCACUUGCUCCAAAACCAAAGCAGAGGUAGACGUUGUGCGACAUUUGACCUUAGAAGAACUGCCUCCUGUGCUGAUCCUCCAUCUGAAAUUCUUUGUUUACGAUAAAGAUGGAGGAAGCCAGAAACUACUGAAGAAUUUGGAGUAUGGUAUUGACCUCGAAAUUACCAAAGAUUUAUUGUCCCCUAAUGUCCGGAACAAGCUUCAGAUUCAUCAGAGGUCUUACAAACUCUUUGCUGUGGUGUACCAUCAUGGUAAGAAGGCAACAGGAGGCCAUUACACCACUGCCGUGUUUCAUCCUGCCAUCAAUAACUGGAUUAUGAUUGACGAUAGUCUAGUCAAGCAUGUAUCAGUGGGUACCGUCUUAAAGGCUAUCCCAGGCCGAGUACCGUAUCUGUUGUACUACAGGCGCAUAGACAUGCACUGAAUAGACAUGCACUAAAUGGUAAAGGUGUGGAAGCAAGUUCGGGUUGAUACAAGAAGGAUAAACAGACACUGAAAUCUGUCUUAAAGUUAAAAUUGAUUACAUAUUUAUGUACAGUGAGAAUAAUUUGAUUAUUUUUAAAUUACACUGGGAUUUUUUGUGGAGGUGACAAUAAAUAAAACUUGUGUAGAAUUUGAUGUCUAUUUUUAUACUUGAGGAGAUGUUUAUUUCUUCAAAGAAUCUAUUACUAUUGUCAUUUAAUCAAACUUUUUGUUAACGUAAGAUAAGGUAGUCAUAAAAAGGCAAUUUCAACUGACAUGUUUUUGGGCAUUUAAAAAUCAGCAUCUUUAGAUUUAUAAAUUAUAGUUUUAAAAAUGAAAGGGAAUAAGGAUAUACAUGUACAUUCGUUAUAUUCAUAUGCCAGUAUUUUGUCAUCAGUCAUAUUAAUAUUUUGUGAAAUAUUAUCUUCUCAAUAACUUAUUGUUAUUUUGUGUACAUGUACUUUCAAUUUCAAGUUUUUUGAUAAAAAUUCUGAUGUAUGGUUAAAACUACAUGUUGGAUAUAUUGGUUAUCGCACAGAGAAAAAAUAAUCAUGUUUAAACCUAAAAGUUCUGUGAAAUGUUUAAAUCUUUGCAAUUUUAUCAGCAGUACUUGUGUAUAUUUGUGCAGAUAUUAAAGGUAUAAAUUUCAUUUAUACAAUCAUAUUAUUAGAGUUAAGUGUAAUCCAUUUUUCAAGGAUAUUUGUAAACUUUUUAUCAGGUAAGUGAAACCCUCCGUCAUUUGUUUCUAAAAUGGUUUUCCCCAUAAUAUAAAACAAUUUUUGGGUUAACUAGUAAAGAACAGAAGUAAGCAUCUGAGUUGAAAUAGGUAUUUUUUCACUAUGAAGAGUUAAUUUUGGUAAACAUGGACAUGGGGCAUGCUUAUAAUAGGAAGACAGGAUAUAUAUAAAUAUUUUCUUGUUUUAUUAUGUUAUGAAUUUUUUUCAUCAAAUAUUGGUGCAUUGAAAUAUUCACAGAAUACCUGAACUUCAGUGAAAAUUUGCAAUUUCAAUUAUGAAUUAAUGUAAUCUUUUUGGGGCUUGCAGCAAAGACAUCUCUUUACAGAUUUUAUUAAUGAAAUGCAUUAUGUUUGAUAAAGUGUAUUCUGAACUCUUUUUCUCAAUAAAGAGAAAUAAAAUAUUAAA